AUGGCGGCAGCCAAAGUGAGCUGUGAGGCUAUAGAAGAAGAACAUGCUGCUGAAUUUCAGGAAUUUAGCGAUUGCGAUGAAGACGGUUUCGAGUUCUCCUUCGAUUUCUCCGGCGAAGAAUAUUCACCAAACGAGCUUUCUCUAGCCGGUCGGAUACCUUUUCCAAUCUUCAACAGAGAUCUCACGACAAUGGAUGAGGUGGUCCAGGUGGAUCGUGAAAUAAAGGAAGUAGUUCAUGAUGAUCCUUCUGUAAUCAUUUCGGUAGAAAAUCUGUUUCUCGAUCACAGCGAUGAUACUCCGUCUUCUUCAUCGUCGGGAGCGGAGGAACUGGAAGAUAGGAAUUCUCGAACAUUCUGUGUGUCAUGGCGGAAGGCAGACGGCGGAUUGCCAGCUCUUGGUGACUGUAAGAAGAGCAAAUCUACCGGAUCUGGAUCGAAAGGGUGGAGAAUUAAGGAUAUUUUCGGCUGGAGCAACAGCGCAGGGAAGGAUAUGAUAUUAUUCUUGUGUCCUAAGAAAAUCGACGCCCCAAAACAGAAACGGAGAAUUAACUCCGGCGAAGUUCGGAAAGUCCCCGGAAAAUCGAAAACGACAUCGUCUCAAUCAGUUCAUGAACUAUUUUACGUUCAAAAAAAAGCAGAACAGAAAGGGGAAAAAAUGAAAUCGUAUCUACCGUAUAAGAAAGAUCUCCUAGGGUUCUUCGUCAAUGUCAAUGGAAUUGGGAAUAAAAAAUUACCAUUUUAA